CAAAUUUUGGGCCCUUUUAUAUCCCAAAUCUCAGCAUGAUUUGUUAGGCCCAUAAGUAAACAAAGAGCGCUUUAUCAACUCUACCGCGCGCGAUUUCUUCAUAAGGAUGAAGAGCAGCGAUUUUGUUUGUUUGAUUAGGUUAUAUUCUUCGCUUUCUUGAUUCGCUAACAAUCAUAGUUUACACCAGUUUUUGGGGUUUUUCGGAUUCAAUUUUGUUCCAUCACAACAAACACAUUCAAAUUAGGGCAAAAUCGAACCCGAGAUUUUACACACAGUCAUUGUGAUACGUGAGAAUUUGUUGCGAGAAGCUUGCAAAUUCAUCGAUUUUAAGGUUUUGAUUAUACGUUUCGGAAACUGAUUUCAUGGAUGCUGAAGCGAGGAAGAAGUUCAGGGCGAAAGUGAAUGCGAAGAAGCAAGACAAGCGUAUUGAUUCUCCUCUUGUUAGGUACAAUGAGCAUAAUCAACCGGUCUGUAAAGUGUGUAAUGUUGCCUUGAAAUCGGAAUCUCUAUGGUCAGCUCAUCAAGCUUCCAAGAAGCAUCAUGAGGCAAUUAACAAUCUCAAGGCUAGUGCUGCUGCUGUGACCCCAGCUAAUGUUGCAAAACCUGAACCUGUGAAGGAGUUUGCUAAGCCUAAAGCUCAAGGUGAACAAGAGUUGUCUAACAAUAAACUUGACAUUUCAAAUGGAUUACCCAAAAAUCGACCAGCCUCUGGCCUUCCUUCUGAUUUUUUUGACAAGAAUGACACAAAAAGGCAAAAGAAUGAGAGUCAAGGUGUCAUUCCAGUUGUACGAGGUAGUAAAGUACAGACACUUGUCAAUGAUGAAGUAGGGCCAAGCAAUGAAAAUCUACCUUUUGGCGGGAAAGUGCAGAAAUCCCAAACAGCUACUGUUUCUGAAACUAUGCGAAGCAAAGGGGCUCUUCCUGAAGGGUUUUUUGAUGACAAAGAUGCAGACAUGCUUGCACGUGGCAUCACACCCGUUAAACCAGAUGUCAAAGACGAGUACAAGGAAUUUGAAAAGUUGAUUCAGGAAGACUUGCAAGAAGUUGACAACCGUUUGGAAGAAGAAGAGGUAAUCUAGUUUUCGGUUCAAUUUUAUAAGGACGAGUUACUUGGUGAUUCUGGUUCGCACCCCAGCCAGGAUCUUAUCUUUUCCUUUUAUCUGUACAGGUUGAUGCAGCUGAAGAGAUAGAAGAGGCCGAGUUGGUGGAGCAAAGGUAAAGUUCUUUCAACUAUAACAAGUUAGAGCAUUUGAAGUGACAAUUGUUUGGGCUUCUCUUUUCUGUAGUAUGCUAGUGUUGUGGCGGGUUUUGCUCUCUUUUGAUCUUCUAUCUUGUGGAAAUUAAAUUCUUAUAAAGAUGUGUGCUUAUGUUUGGUUUAAACUGUUGCUGGCGUUUGUGUCUGUGACUUAUUUCCUUUCAGGACUCGUAAGGAGAGAUUGGAGUUAUUGAAGAAGAAGAGAAUAGAACAGAAGGCUGCUAGGACUGCCACCAAGGGUGAAGGCCAGCAAGUCUCAGUUAAGGAGUCUGCAAGUGAGUCGUCUUCAGGUAAUGAUGACAGUGAUGAUGAUUUGAAGGUUGAUUGGCGAGCUAAGCAUUUUUAAGCUUUCAGUUUGUAUAGGUAACAAAUCCCCGCCUCCCUUCGCAGAAUGAGAUUAAGAGGCCUCAAGAGAAAUUAUUAAUGUUAUUAUUAUUAGGGAGUUUAGAAAGAAAUGGAUUGAGUUGUGUUUGUAAUAUGGCCAAUUAGUAGGGAUGAAAAUCUUGGGAUUAGAAAAACGAACUUUUGAUAACCCUAGUGAGCUUGCGGCAUUUUCCUUUUUUCUAGAAAAUUCGUUUGUUCUCCACGGCAGCUGAUUGUUGUUCGGGAAAGAAGUUUUCUAAACCUCAAAAUGGUGGAAGAAGCUUGUUUUAACAAGUAAAAAGAGAAUGUUAUCAGGACUUUUUUUUAGCGAUGAUUGUACUUUAAUGGAAUCUUAAAGUCGGGAAUCAAGCCUAGAAUCAAACAGACAAAGAAGCCUAACAUCAGAAGAAGAUAAGAAAGAAACAAUCAAAAUAUUCUGCAAUUCAGAUCAUCACGCUUAAAUAAUAAGCACAAAGUUGAUCCAUUUGCCUGAGAAAGAUGUAAAGUCACUUUGGAUAUAUAAUGACAAAAUCACCCAUUAUCCUUUGCUUGCCUUCAACCUAUAAUAAUAC